GCAAUAGUCUGUGAUAAGCCUCGCACCAAAUAUUGGGGUCGUUUCUCGAAAAUAAUUUUUAAAGUGUUCCACAGCUUACCCGCUCUAAGUGUGGCGUCUAGGCGUUUCGCGACUAUGGGCGUCGCAAAGUCUUGUGAUGUUAAUGUUAGGUUUUCCAUGUUUAUAGGCAAUAGUAGAAUGUAUGAGAUGGGUUUUGACAUAGCAGUGUAAGAGCCGCAGAUUUUUAGAAGUGAACUCUAGUCAUCGGCAGUGUUUGCUGUGAGAGUCGUGGCGUCUAGUUCUGUACUGCAUCAAAACUUCCACAACUUUAAGUCAGUACUGAAUAUGAGCUCUCUGCAGCAAUCAAGUCGAUUCAUUCCAUUUGCUGGUAGUGCUCAAAGAGCACAGCUUCUACCUGGACAAGUUGUCCAUCCCAGUGCUGGAUUCUCCCAGAGUUUGAGUGGUAGCGAGACGGAUGUGUCAACAUCAAAUGAGAACCUGAGUCACGAGGAGCGCUAUGUGAUUCGACAUACAGCACGUCAGGAGCCCCAGGGCCAGGAGAACCUCAGCUCAAAUCGCAGCAGUCUUGAUGUAUCUUCCUCUUCAUAUAAUACACUCAUUAUUCAUGGAGCAGGGGAUGAACCCUGGACUGGCAGGUUAUCAGGCAUUCGUGAUCUUCAAGACACAGGUACACCAGGUUACUUGAACUCCCAUCCAGGAAAUUACUCUGGAUCCAGUACAACAGACACUGGAAAAGCUGUUGUUCAGUGUCAGAAGAUGGGUUCCCAUUCUCCUUCUCCUUCUCUUGGAGGUAACAAGGAGCCUUCUAUUCGUGCCAGUUUUGAUGCCAGUUCGGGUCGGCAUUUUGAUCCCAGUGUUCGAGAAAUCACAGACAUUCCUGAUGACUAUCUCAGUCAGUCCCAGGUGCUGAAGCAUUUAGCCAAGGAAGUAAAGGUUGUUCCAUCAUCCAGUGGGACAGGUGGAAGGGAUUUAGCUGCUCCAUUUGUUGAAGAUAGCGAAUCAUCUGUGACUGAGAAUCUGUGCUUAUCAGACCAAUUGAAACGGUUGUCACUUUCUCGUGUAGGCCCGGGUGGCAGCAGUGGGAAAGAAAUGCCUGUUAAAGUGGAACAUGACCCUCUCCUACCUCUAGACUAUGACCUCUCAAAUCUGCCACCUCCACCUGAGUAUCGAAAAUGGAUGGGUUCAUCUUCACCUCUGACAGUGGUGCAGAGACAUAAAAUUAUUCCUCACUCCAGCAUCACACCAGAUAAACUUAGUUUGUCACGAUCACAGCCUGACCUAUCACGCUUAGGUGCGGGAAAGGUUGUGACUGAUGUGAUUGGCUGCAGGGGCAUUACCACCAGUCCAAGGCCAAAAACUCAUGGACGGGAGGAUGUUGAAUCUCAGGGAAGAGAGGUAUGGCCUCCAGCCGAGAUGGUGGAGAUACUGAUGCAAGAGAACAGCUCAUUAAAGGCUGAACUUGAAACAUGUUAUCAGAAAGUUUCUAAAUCACAGAAGCUGGAACAGGAGGUGGGGAAGGUUCAUCGUGCACAUGAAGAACUUGUACAGUCAUCAGAACGACGUGAGCGAUUGGAGAGAGCUGCCAGGUCACGUUUACAAGGAGAUGUCCGUAGGUUACAAGAACUGAACAGGGCUCUGCGUGAACAGGUGGAACUUUUAUCGACGCAGUUAAAAACAGGCCGGCAACAGAAUCAGAGUGAUUUGCAGGAUAUGGCAGCUGAGAAUCUUCGGAAGGAACUGGGAAAACGUGAAAUUUUUAUUGCACAACUUAUUACACAAAAUAAGGAACUUGUUGCUGCAAAAGAGCGCCAAGAAAUUGAGCUGGCAGCUCAGCGUGCGACACUUCAGGAACAGAGGACACACAUAGACAUCCUUGACACUGCUCUAACAAAUGCUCAGGGCAAUGUGGUUCGACUUGAAGAAGAGUGCCGCAAGAAACAGAUGUAUGUUGAGCGAGUAGCACAGUUACAGAGGGCAUUAUCAUCGCUGCAGUUGGCAAGUGAUCGAAGAGAACAAACAGAACGUAAGCUACGAUUACAAUUGGAAAGAGAACUUCGUAACGAGCGAGCUCGAGCAGGGGGAGGAGGUACAGAUGAAGGUGAUACCAGUUCAGGUGGAAAUAGAACAAAUGGUUCCCAGAAUGGAGCUCUGCCAGGGGAGACAGCACCUGAACUAAAACGUAAGCUGCGUGAGCGUGAUGAGAAGAUCAUGAGGCUUGAAGGAGAGGUAGCUAAGUGGGAGCAGCGAUAUUUAGAGGAAAGCGCACUCAGGCAGGCAGCCAUUGAUGCGGCUAGCAUUCCAAAGGACGCUAAGAUUGCUGCCCUAGAGAAGACAAGUCAGGAGACAGAGAAAUUAAUUGCUGAGGCCCGUUCAGAGAAAAUCAGACACAUGGAUGAAGUCCACGCUGCGCAAAAAAAGGUGGCUGAUCUUGAGUCAAGGAUGAAGGAUCUUGAAUCAAAGCUUGCAGAACGUGAUGCAAUGAUUCGCGUUCUUCAGAAACAUACGUAUGAGAAGGAUGUCUCAUCUUCUUCAUAUCAAAGCAUGUUAGGACGUUCACCUCAUCACACACCUCACCCAAGUUUGCAUGGUAAUUCCGAUCUAGGAGCUGUACUUGGGACAUCUGUUUCUAGAGAAGAGUUAGAUCCUGUGUCAACGACAGGUGUGUUUUCUACAGUGAGCAGUGUGCUAACAAGUAGCUGCAGUACAGGCAUCAGUUCUUAUGCUGGUAGUGACUCUGGUGCAUACCAUCACCCUUUGGGUACCAGCUAUAGCACAUGCAAGUAUGGCAGCACAACUAAUAAGAGUUUUGAUGAUACAAAGAAGUCUUUGGAUGAUCAACUGAAGGAACUGGACUCUCAGCUUGACUCUCAGCUUCUGAGUAAGCGCGGUCUUUGCUGUUUUCCAGGAUUCUCUAAUACAAGCACUACGCCGCGAAAAGGAAAACUACCCAAGCCAUUACUGGCGGGUGUAGGGGGUGCAUCACCCCAUCAUCACUUAUUUGAACCUGGUUUUCUACAAGGUUUAGUACCUAAUCGUUAUGAGCAGGGACGACCUGAAGAAAUUCUAUUGCUGGAGAAGCAAGGUCGUAGUUCACAGCAGCAAAGGAUGCAAGAAUCAUGCUUAGGAGGAGGUCCCCCAAACAAUCGUAACCGAUCAGGCAGCCUGCCUCCUAGUUCCUUGCCGCGUCCCCGGCGAACACACAAACCUGCAGGAGGCAAGGAGCGUCGGUUAGGGGAAUAUGGUCGACUCAGUGAUGGUGAAGGAAGGAAGACACCUGCAACAUCAUGUGAAGGAUCAGAUGUGACAGGACCAAAGGGGCGAGAAUCGCCAGCACGCUCCCACAUCCCACCUCCAAGGAAGCUAGGCGAGUAUGGACGUCUUAGUGAUGGUGAAAGUCGUUCCAUUGGGAAAGCUGGUAGUACAUCACGGGUAGGACAGGGAGGAAACACAAAUGGAGUGAAGGCUGGAGGAGAUGACUCAAAAUUAAGGCUGAUUCCUGGUCCUCGUACCAGGAGGGGUUCUUCUCUUACAAGGGAUAACAAACCAAAUUCUGCUGACAGCAGUAGUGCUAGGUCAGUGCCAGGCACUGGUAAGUACCGCAUACAGUUCUGAACUGUGGAAGUAACAAAAUACUGUGCCUUAGAGUGUGGAAUCUGCCCCAGUUCAAACCUGAUUAAAAAAAAUAAGACUGAUAUCCAUCCACUUAGUGGGUUAUUUUAUAAAUGUAUGAUGAUAGCAAAAACAUGGCAUGCAAGAGCUUCUUGUAUGUUGCAUUCUAGUCUUGUCUUGUUUUUUAUGAGGCCGUUUUGUUGUCAUUAAUAAAUAUUUAACACUUAAAUAUAUAUAUUUAUAUAUAAAUGCAUUUUUAUUAGAAAAUGCUAUUGUAAGAACUUAUUUAAAUCUCACAUAAUGAAGUUUAGACAAUUAAUUUUAUAUUGUAACAUUGUGAAAAUAAAUACAUAUAAUAAAAAUUGUAUCUUUA